GGUUGUCGCCGCAUUUCCAAAGAUAUUUCACAACAUCCGUUGCGCCUCACUGCCGCAACGAGGCUUGCCAAGAUGUUACCCUUAGGUCUUCUCAAUGCCGCGCAAGGCCACCCGAUGCUCGUCGAGCUCAAGAACGGCGAAACACUGAACGGCCACCUCGUCCAGUGCGACACCUGGAUGAACCUCACCCUCAAAGAAGUCGUCCAGACAAGUCCAGAAGCCGACAAGUUCGUCCGCCUCCCCGAGGUAUACGUCAAGGGCAACAACAUCAAAUACCUCCGCGUCCCCGACGAGAUCAUCGACCUGGUUAAGGAGCAACAACAGUCGCACGGCCAGCAGGGCGGAUACAGAGGCGGAAGGGGAGGUGGGCGAGGUGAUCACGGCGGCCGUGGCGGUGACCGAGGCGGGCGCGGUGGGCGCGGCCAGAGCCGAGGAAGGGGAAGGGGACGUGGCGGUGCAGCCUGAAGUGUUGCAAGUACGGUGGCGACUUAGGAUGAACUUACCAUCUGGAAGCCCUUCCAUGACAAGCAUGAGCACAUCGCAAGACGGCACGGCAACACCGCCGGCACGGGGACUGCUCGAUAAUUGCGCUGGCGGACGUCUCUAUGGGCAGCAUUGAUGUGUCACACUCAGCCCAUGAAUUAUCUCUCACGCAGAAGACUGGAGGGCUCCGGUGUGAGAGCGAGGUUCCAUGAUGUGGAGAGCACUGCGUGGCAUACCGCGGUACAAUUUGCAGCUGCAUUUUGGACAAUUGCCAACAUACCGCGGCGCCGGGUCUACCUGCUGACAGACCAGGACGAAACAGAUUAAGCACUGAACAUUUCAGCAUGCUAGUAUAUCACCAUAUCAUGCCACAAGAUGAUGCUAGUGCUCCGCUUGAUCAUGCUGUAGAUUCUUUCAAGUGAGGCCAGCUGUUGAUAUAUGGAACCAAAGCUUUCCCAA